CACACACACACCCGAAACACGGAUAUUGAACAUACUAACCCAGAAAAACAAACUAAUCUCCUGUUGAGCAAAGCCUUCCACAACCACCCUCCAAGGACCAGUCACUGGCCCUCUCUCCGGUGCCCGCAGACAUCCACACAGGCCCAAAGAAUCAGGGAUUGCACAGGCCAGGGCAAUUGAACGGUUCUGAGUCAUCUGCCGGAAGCCUUGCCCUCAAUCACGGCGGACGUGAAGCAUCCACAAAGGAGGAAUAGUAGAAGCAGCGGCGGCGGCAGCAGCGGCGGCGGCAGCAGCAGGAAGUGGGGGCCUCUCCCAGACCUUCCCUGAUGGAUGACCUCUGUGAAGCAAAUGGCACUUUUGCCAUCAGCUUAUUUAAAAUAUUAGGGGAAGAGGACAACUCAAGAAACGUGUUCUUCUCUCCCAUGAGCAUCUCCUCUGCCCUGGCCAUGGUCUUCAUGGGGGCAAAGGGAAGCACCGCAGCCCAGAUGUCCCAGGCACUUUGUUUAUACAAGGAUGGAGAUAUUCACCAAGGUUUCCAGUCACUUCUCAGUGAAGUUAACAGAACUGACACUCAGUACUUGCUUAGAACUGCCAACAGGCUCUUUGGAGAAAAGACGUGUGAUUUCCUUCCAGACUUUAAAGAAUCCUGUCAGAAGUUCUAUCAGGCAGAGCUGGAGGAGUUGUCCUUUGCUGAAGACACGGAAGAGUGCAGGAAACAUAUAAAUGACUGGGUGGCAGAAAAGACUGAAGGUAAGAUUUCAGAGGUACUGGAUGCUGGGACAGUCAAUCCCCUGACAAAGCUGGUCCUUGUGAAUGCCAUCUAUUUCAAGGGAAAGUGGAAUGAGCAAUUUGACAGAAAGUACACAAGGGGAAUGCUCUUUAAAACCAACGAGGAAAAAAAGACAGUGCAGAUGAUGUUUAAGGAAGCUAAAUUUAAAAUGGGAUAUGUGGACGAGGUGCACACCCAGGUCCUGGAGCUGCCGUAUGUGGAAGAGGAGCUGAGCAUGGUCAUUCUGCUUCCUGAUGAUGACACGGACCUCGCCGUGGUGGAAAAAGCACUUACAUAUGAGAAAUUCAAAGCCUGGACAAAUUCAGAAAAGUUGACAAAAAGUAAGGUUCAAGUUUUCCUUCCUAGAUUAAAGCUGGAGGAGAGUUAUGACUUGGAGCCUUUCCUUCGAAGGUUAGGAAUGAUCGAUGCUUUUGAUGAAGCCAAGGCAGACUUUUCUGGAAUGUCAACUAAGAAGAAUGUGCCUGUGUCCAAGGUUGCCCACAAGUGCUUUGUGGAGGUCAAUGAGGAAGGCACAGAGGCUGCCGCAGCCACUGCUGUGGUCAGGAAUUCCCGGUGUAGCAGAAUGGAGCCAAGAUUCUGUGCAGACCACCCUUUCCUUUUCUUCAUCAGGCACCACAAAACCAACUGCAUCUUUUUCUGUGGCAGGUUCUCUUCUCCGUAAAGAGGAGCAAUUACUGUACAUGCCCUCCUUUCCUUCUGCCUACCUUGCCUUAAUUAACAUUCCAUGUGACCCAGUUGGUGCAGUGGCUUGAAUGCCAAAAUAAAGCGUGUGCACUGAAUAGUGUGUGAAUGUCUUUGCUGAAGGUUCCAGAGCCACUGAGAAUAACUGAGGCCACAGAUGCCUGAAAUUCAGGCCUGGGAAGGCUAUGCUGGUUUCGGAGUGUUUGGGGUGCCUCCCAUUGCCUCUGCCUUCACUUAAGUCUGUGCCCAUUGUUUCAGGGGAUCUUAAGGAGAUCUCAGGGCUUCAGGAGCCAGCCCUCUAUGUGCUCUUCUAUCCGCCCAGCUCUGCCCACCACCACUGCCAUGCUGAACAGGGACCAGUGCCCAGGCAACACUGCACACAAAGCCAAGGACAAACCCUACAGAGUAAAGCUGCAGCCACCCUGUGUCUCACAUGCAGCUGAAAUAGUGGUCUGCUUCUGUCACUGUCGCAUAGACAGCUCUGCAUGCCCCCUGUCUCACACAGUCUGUAAUGAAAACAGCUCCUUCUUAUCUUUCCAUAAACCUCAGAUACAAGUUCAGGGACUCAGCAAUACAUUUCAGGACUGAGCUAGGAGGCAAAUAUCUGAAACUUGCUGUGCUGUCCUUUCUAUUCCUUUUCCCUCUGAAAUACACAAAAUAUCAAAGGAACUUACACAGCACGCCACUGAGUCCUCUAACUAAUCAUAUAUGCUCAAAUACGGCUCAAGCACACCCCUUAAGAAAGAACCUCCAUACGUUACUUUUUUUCUGACUAAAAAUAAAAUCGUAUUGUGGCAGCAAUUUGGAAACUACAGCAAAGUCUCCAAAAGAUUUUAAGUCACCCACAAUUCCAACACACAGCAAUCACUGCUGUUAAUAGUGAUAUACAUCUUUCCUAUUAUAUGUAUGCAAAUAGAAACUUAUAAGCAUUUUAUUACAAGUUAAUCAUAUCCUUCAGUAGCUUAUUUCUUCCAUUACUUAUGAAAAACCUCCCUUAAGAUCUUUCCAGGUCAUCAGUUUGAUGUGCAUAGUAUUCCACUGUGUGGCUGGAUUUCUAUAAUUGAAUCUAAUUUUAGACAGUUUGAGUAAUUAAAAUUUUUUCUAUCAAUAAAUAAUAGAUUAUUAAUAAUAAAUAUAUAUGAUACUGUUUUGGAUAUACUAAAUAUCUGCUCACAUCCUUAAUAUACUUUUUAAAAUUCUUAAGAAUAGUAUUGUCGAGAUAAAAGCUGAGCACAUUCUGAGACUUCUUCCAAAUUGGUCCCUAGAAAGUUCCACUGGUUUAUACACUCACUUAUGUCACCAUUUAUACCACCACUAACUGCCGCCUGCUUUAUUAUUUCUUUAAUGAGUUGGACUAAACAGUGGUUACUCCUGACUCUGUUUUUGACUGACAGUUAACAGUUACAUGAACCAUUCAUGUUACAGCUCUUACUUAAAUUUGACCAAGCUAGGAUAUAUUCUGUGAGGCCACAUUCAUUUCAGGGAUCUUGUUUUCCAAAGCAGGUUUGGCCAAAAAUUAAUCCACAGGACUGAAAGGUAUACAUCUGUGAGUUUUGUUCUCACUUCCACCUCUAAUUUGAAGAAAACUUUAUACUUUUAUUGCAAUACAAUCGACACAGAAUACAUUUCACGUAUUUAACCUAUACAAUAAGUUCUGACACGUUUUCCAUGAAACAAACCAUCCCUAUAUUCAAGAUAAUGAACCUAUCUGUCAUACUCCCAAAUUCCUUCUUGCAUCUUUGUAAUUUCUCACUCUUCCUUCUCCCUCUCCCCAUCCCAUCCCAACCACUGAUCUGCUGGGACAACUACUGGUCUUCUUUCUGUCACUAUAGAAUAAUUUGCAUUUUCGAAGAAAUUUACAUGCAUGGAACCAUGCAUCAUCUAUGCUUUGUAGUAUGACUCCUAUCAUUACAAUUAUUUUGAGAUUCAUUUAUGUUACUGUAUAUAUCAAUAGUUUAUUCCUUUUAUUGGUAAGUAACAUUACUUUGUAUAGAUAUACCAUGAUUUGUUGAUUAACACAUUUACCUGUUGAUGAACAUUUAGGUUGUUACCGAGAUUUUCACUAUUGAAAAUAUAGUUUUUAUGAACAUUUAUGUAUAUA